CUGAAAACAUUGGGGUAUACACAGUUUGGGGGUUGUGCAAGAAUGUCGGUGUGACUAGGCUUCAGCACAUCGGCAAAAAGUACAUAAUUUAUCCAGACAAAACCAAGUUCAUCGCCAUUCCCAUCAUUCAUACCAAUUAAAUUUUUUCCAAAAUUUCCAAAUCAGUUCAUAUAAUCAGUUUAUGCAGUCAGUUUCAUCAGUUUAUAAAUAAGUUUUUUUUCCCUUGCUUUUUUUCUAUAGUCUUUGUAAUCCCCUGCAAUAAAAAAAAAUGACCACAUGGUGCGUUGUUCAGUUCAGCAGUGGGGCAACUGAAAUUGUGCCAAACUCAUGGGUUGAAGGAGAUAAAGUCUUCUGGCCCCCAUACCCUCCUAAGGACUCUAUUAGGCUGAAUGCAGCCAUCCUGAAUAGAGAGCAGCCUGGUCAGGGAUGGCAAACAUACCAGCCUAUCCGUCUCCUCAUAACUCGUGAUAGUCAUGAUGAGGCAGCGAGGAGCCUGGACAGAUAUCUCAAUAAAGAUUGUGACAUCACUGACAUCCAGUCUGAGGAGGAGAGCCACCAUGCCCUGAAAAGAAAAAGAAGACCGAAUCCAGUUUAUCACUCAGACGAGGAGCCCCAGAAUGAGCGCAGAUUCACCAAAGCCCCAAAAGUGUUAUUUCCAGCAGCGACCCAACUAGCCAGUCAGAACAGCCAACCAUCACCACCUCCACGAAUCUAUCAGACCCUCCAACGCCCCAAUUCCCCCAUGUUGUCUUACCCCAAUGUCCCAGCAUCGUUCCCUGGAGAUGAAUUGGUGUUCUCUCCAAUGAAUUUACUCCAGAGGCCAUCUCCUGAAGUUGUUUCAGAUUCUUCAGAAACUGUCAGGUUGGCAUUAAAAGAUGUGUGCAAAAACUUCUUACUGCAGUGACAGAGCUGUCCAAGGAGGUGAAGGACCUGCGGGAGGAGUUUAGGCAAUUCCGCCAGUCCUGCAGGUGUGGACAAUCGGAGUCUGUGGUACAGCCACUGUCGGAGCCCUUGGAGCUGCCCUUCCACACCAUGGAGGCCCUGGACCAUGCAGAAGAGACACUGUUAAAUGGCACAAACCGACAGGCAAUGACUGCUCGUCUCGCCACCAUUGGAGGGACUACCCUAGAGGUGAGGGUCCGCCGUAUGAUGGCACACCUGUUGUCGAAUGAACUGGCUUCAAGACUGAACUGGGCUGGAAAAAAGAACAAGGAGCCUACCAAACAAAAACGUCCCUUUAAAGAGUUGGCACUCUGCCGAUCUUUGUUUGAUGCUCUUACUCAACAGAUGGGGACAGUUACUGUCACCCAAUUUUCUUUUGCACAAGCUGUGCAAAAGUGGCAGCGCUAUGCGCCAGACCGGGCAGGAGGGACUGGACGACAACUUAUGCAGGCAUCAGAUGACAAUGAAGUGUAAAUAAAGAGUAGAGAGGCUAAUAAACAUGAAUUUGAUUUUAAA